AUGUCCGAAAUCAACGUCACCGCAGUUUUCAUUCCAAAGCCAGAGAAGUUUGAAGAAGUAGCUACUCUUGUAACCGAGGUCAUCAAACAGGUGCAAGAACACGAACCGGACACACUGCUCUACUACGCAUAUGAAAUCAAGGACAAGAAUGAGAUUGUGAUUGUUGAGAGAUAUAAGAACCAGGCGGCGAUCCAGACCCACGUCAAAUCGCCCUAUUUCCGAACCUUCGCAGGAAAAUUAUCCACUUUGUUGACGAAGCCGGCAGAGAUCAGGGCAGGUGGGUUCCUGAGUGGUUCGAGGGGUGUGUCGCGAAUUUAG